CGACCUGUGAUUGCCGGACGGCGGCGGACGGAGGUAGCAAGAAUUCAAAUUUUUAUUAAGGGCAUCGCAUCGCAUUGUGAAUGAUCAUUAGUUCAUUUCGUUCACGACGACGGAGUAGAUGAGUAACAUUGAAGAUAAAAUCAUUGUUUAAAUUUUGCAGCAAGAUAUAACACGCUCGUCAAAAUGUCAGUUGAGAAGGACGCUUGCGAGUGCUCUGAGGGCAUUACUAUUGAAAAUGGCACAGUACUAAUAGAGGGGGCUAAACUAAAUCACUUGACCCAUAUGAAAUUAAAUUCCUGCGGCUUGUCAGAAAUACCUGAUUCGUUGGGGGAUUUAGCUGGCCUUCAAUGUUUUGAGGCAUUGCAUAAUAAUUUGAAAAGACUGCCAUCAUCCAUCGGUCAUCUGAAGUCAUUGGUCAAAUUAAAUCUCUCAUACAAUCAGCUGACAGCACUUCCCGAUGAUUUUGCCCAACUGGAUGCAUUAGAGACAUUAAAUGUCUCUCAUAACAACUUGAACGCACCCCCUUCAUGCCUCCAGGUGGGAAAUGUGAAAAUUAAUUAUCUAAAUUUGUCUUUCAAUGAAAUUGAAGACUGGAGACUUGGGCCUCUCUGUGCCUAUGGACUGAAAUUUUUUGACUGUGCCAAUAAUAGGCUUAAAGCCAAUCCCCCUUGGAUCUGGGGUGACUUUUGUAGAUCUCUUGAAAAUCUAAAUCUAAGUUUCAAUGAUUUCUGUAACCCAUCAGCAACAUUACGACCUUACAACUUGUGGCGCACAGGUGUCUCCAUUGAGCUUAAAUCCUUACAGCUUACAAAUUGCGGACUGACUACAGAUCACUUGUCUUUAGUAUAUCAGCUCAAGGCUAUUAAAAAGCUACAUCUGGGGAAUGAAAGCAAUGUCAAUCACAGCAAGAGCAAUUUUAUAUGGGACAUUUCUUUCAAGCUUUUCCAGAGUUGUCAUCUAGCUGAACUAAAUUUAGAUGGUGUGGGAUUGUCAAUUUUGUCUGAGGAUAUUAGCUACUUAAAGGCCCUUCAAAUUCUUAAUUGCAACAAUAAUCGUCUUCAAUGGCUGCCAGAUAGCAUCUGUGAGAUGGUAAAUUUAAAAUGCCUCUCCUUGAGUAAUAAUGGAUUACUAUACAUUCCAAAUGAAAUGGGAAAACUAGCUAACUUACAAGAACUAUUCCUCAAUUGCAAUAAGUUGGAUGACUUACCUACUUCUUUUGCUGAUCUACAAAGUCUACAGUAUUUAGAUUUGUACGAUAACCAUCUGGAGGUCCCUCCAACAUGCCUUGAGACUCUAAAUAGUCUUUGUGGUUUGGAUUUCAAGUGUAAUUUCUUCCAGGAUGAGACCAAGGAGGAACUAUGCUUAAACCUCAGAAAGAGGAGAGGCCUUCUUGAGCGAUCAGAUGGAAUGAAGUCAAAACCUCUCACUCCCUCUUCAAGUUCGCGACGCAGUUCUUAUUCAAGCAGUUGCUCAGAAAAUGAUACUCGUGGUGACCAAGAAGAUGCAGAAAAUCUUGGAGAACCACAGUCGGAAACUGAAGAAAACUGGGACUUAGAAGAUGAGGAAGAUGAAUAUUUUGACCCAACAGGUGUGUUUUACCAACCUAAGGUCACCAUUAAUAUGCCAGCGAGAGCUUUGAUUAUCCACACAACAGUCAUUGGACCUCAUUCGUUUAUUCCAUCCGACAUCCACCCAUCUCCUUCAAUUCGUCCGAAUAAAGAUCUCUUCGCCCCAGAUGAUGGGCAGUUUGAAGAUGCAUAAACAUUAUUUUUGAUUAGACUUUGACUGUCCAUUAAUUUACGUGGGGGAAAAUAUGAGUAUUACUGAACCACUGAGUAAAAAUUAAGUCCCCGAAGUAUGAAAUCUUCUAGAUGGAUUGGAUUAACUGUAAUUGUUAUUACUUCAUUGUUGAACCAAACUUUAAUCAAUUUCUGUUAUUUAUUGUAUCAAAUCAUUGUUAAGUUUUUUUGACAUGUUAAUUAUGAAGUUAUUGAGAUGUUGAGUAAACAAAGAAAACCUUAACAGACUUUUUUUUAAUUUUACAAUUUGACUAUGUUCAGUUUGGAACAAAUUGUCAUACAGAAAUUUUCUUAUUAAUUUUACAUAGUAUCAUCAACUUUAUUUUUAUACUUGACCAAUUAUAAGGUUUUUAAGCCAAACUUUUGUAAAAUACAUAGUUUGAAAUACAUCUCUAUUUUCUUAA